UUUUCAUAUAAUUAUAGAGGUGUGCACUCGGUCAGACUUGAAUGAGUCCACCGCGUCUUCGGCUCUUCGUCUACAAAAGUCUGAAAGAAAGAAGCAAAAAAACAUGCCACCUCAUUACUGGAGAGCAUACCUCUGAAUCCCAUCGAUUAUGAGAGCAGCACGCCACCGGGAAUUCAGCACCACCCAAGGGAGAGAAUCCACUAGUUUCAACCAUGAGUUUCAGUCGGAUCCUGGCUUCUCGUGGACGUCCACCUAUGCAGCUCGUUCCCCUAAGCUUAGCAAGAAGGGCAAAAGCUCAAAAUCAUUCUGGGAGGUAGUUGACCCAAUUACACGGGCAUGCACAAACUGUUUUGCUCCUCGUCAAUCCAAAAUCCAGGAAGGACAUGUCAAGCCUUCAAACGAUGGCCAUGAUAUUUCUAUUAGUUCAAUAGUUUCAAGAAUCUCAUCAACAAGUAGCACAAGCACUAAUACAUCCAAUCAGAGAGGCGAUGACAUCCAAAAGAAGUCAUGGCAAGAACAAUUCUCAUUUCAGGAAAUUUGCGUGGCUACUUCAAACUUCAGUGAACAACACAAAAUUGGGCUAGGAAAUUUUGGCACUGUAUAUAGGGGGAAGCUCAGGGAUGGAUCCAUCAUAGCUGUAAAGAGAGCAACUAAGAAUAUGUAUGACAGGCACCUAUCUGAAGAGUUCAGAAGUGAAAUACGGACACUGUCAAAGGUUGAGCAUUUAAACUUGGUGAAGUUUCUUGGAUACCUGGAACAUGAGGAUGAACGCCUAAUUCUGGUUGAGUAUGUCAACAACGGAUCACUUCGUGAACACUUGGAUGGAUUGCGAGGAGAACCAUUGGAUUUUUCACAGCGUCUCAACAUUGCUAUUGACAUAGUUCAUGCUGUCUCGUACUUACAUGGAUAUACAGACCAUCCGAUCAUCCACCGUGACAUCAAGUCAUCCAACAUUCUCCUAACUGAUCAACUUAGAGCAAAGGUGGCCGAUUUUGGCUUCGCUCGCCUAGCACCUGACAACACUGAAGCGACGCACGUCUCAACAAUGGUGAAGGGCACUGCAGGAUACGUGGACCCAGAAUAUAUGCGCACAAACCAACUCACCGACCGCAGCGACGUCUACUCCUUCGGUGUCCUCCUCGUGGAGCUCCUCACCGGCCGACGCCCCAUCGAGCGCGGCCGGGGCCGUCAACAACGCCUCACCACCCAAUGGGCGCUGAGGAAGUGCCGAGACGGCGACGCGGUGGUGGCGAUGGACGCCCGGAUGCGGAGGACCAGCGCGGUGGUGGCAGCCAUGGAGAAGGUGAUGGCGCUGGCGGCCGAGUGCAUUGCCCAGGAUCGCGCAGCGCGGCCGGCCAUGCGGCGUUGCGCCGAGGUCCUCUGGUCCAUCAGGCGCGACUUCCAGCACGAGCAGCAGCGCGCUGCCGCCGUCACCGCCGCAGGCGCCAGAGCGAAGCGGCAUGACGGCUCCACGUACGGGCCAUCGAUCACGAGUCUGAAGGAGUGAAGGAGUAGGACGUGUCGAGCACUUGAUCCGUCGCGGCGUUGCCCGAGAGCCAGGGCACGACUGCACGAACGAAGUGGGUAAGGCGGAGAAAAUGGACAUUAAAGCCAUUCUCAGAACAUGAUUUCGUUAGAAUACCAUCCCGAAAUAGCGAUUCGUUAAAAUAUCAAUUUAAACCACGUGCACACCGUUAUUUUCCAUUUUUCUGCCUUUUAGCCAUUUUUCAUUCUAUUUUUGAAAAUAUAGAGGACGAGGAGACGAUUUUGUCCCUUCGACCCCGACGGAAGGAUCACAGGAUCGGCCAUGAGUGCGCCCAAGAUCGGGCAUACGAACUCAGCCGGAGGUGGUUCCUCCUCUACCGCAGCCCCGACCACGCCGGCGAGUGGGGCCGAUUGAGGCGGGGGGCAAAAGUGUCUCUCCAUCUUCUAUAUUUUCAAAAAUGAAAUAAAAAAUGGUUAAAAUGGAGAAAAUGGCAAAGUAGCAGUGCGCGUGGUCCAAAUUGGCGUUUUAGAGAAUCACUGUUUCAGAAUGGCAUUCUAGUGAAACCGUGUUUUGAGAAUGACUUAAUAUCCAUUUUCUCGUCAAUGGGGAUCAAUGUCAUCAGAGCGUGCGCGUUGUACGGCUUCCAUCGCUUCACUUCCUAUCGUAUAGAUUUAAAUUUUAAAACAUAGUUUUCCAUCUAGUUUUUAAAAUUUUAUUUUAUAGUAAUAUUUGGGCGACUGUAGAUAAAAAAUGUGUAAUGGAUACAUUAGAUAUAUGGUUUGGUUUGAAUUUGGACGGGGAAGUGCAUAUAGGUCCUAAUUUGUUUUGGUGAAUAAUAAUAAUCAAUUGGUGAGGACUAAUGUUUUUAUGUGA